UAUUUCCAACACAAUAUGUGUUAUAAGUUGAAGACUUUCAUGAGUUAGCUAAUCUUUGUUUGGACUUUUGGAAUAGGCACUUACUAAGGUGUAACUGUGACUCGGGAAGAUUCACACCUCUACUAGUCCCUUUGCAACGGAGAGGGGGGAAAACGGUUAUGGUGGUUACAAAUAAUUGUCAUUAUUGUGUUUGGAACUCUAUCUACGUUUUAACUUGAUAAUGUUUAUAAUAUGGCACAAAUAGAAAAUGAUAAUUUUAAAAAUAUUUGAAUUAGAAACUCUUUUUAACUAUUUUGUAACACAUUGACGUAUGUGAGUAUUUAUGAUGCAGGUUAUAUAAGCAGAUUUAAUCAAAUUUACUCUACAAUAUUAAUGAAGUUUUGUUGUUUACAUUGCCCCCGAUAAAAUAAUUUUAUAAUAAUCCUAUGAAAUCAGAUACAUGCGUGACAUAUUUACAUUUUUUAUUCAUGUAUGUGUGUAGGUAAACCUGGACUUUGUCCCGAACCUCCACCGUUCGGAUUAUGUGUCGAGCUUUGCACGAGUGACAGUAACUGUAUUGACGAUUACAAGUGCUGUCCAAAUGGUUGUGGUCAUACAUGCCAGAAGCCCGUAUUAGAUUGUUCUCAGGUAGUAUGCGUACGCCCUAGCUGUUUGAACGGCCAUGUUAUACCGGAAGGGGAGUGUUGCCCUAUAUGUAGACCAGAGAAACCUGGAAUAUGUCCUGAACUAGAAGAUGGUGGUAUCUGUUUGCUAGCAUGUUUAAUUGACAAUGAGUGUCCAGGAUCACAAAAAUGUUGUAUCAAUGGUUGUAAACAUACAUGUGAGACGCCCUUACCAGAGACAUGCCCCAAUGGCAGGAACGGGUCAUGUGGAACAAUUGCUGGCUUAAGUUGUCCAAAUGACACGACAUGCAUGUUCAAAAAAGAUCAUCCUGACGCUGCUGGGAAAUGUUGCAUUGAUAAGCCAAAACCGAUUGAAGUUUGUGUAUUACCAGUUAAAUUCGGUCCAUGCCAAGAUUCAGUACCACGCUAUUUUUAUAAUACAACAACUUGCAAAUGUGAAGAAUUCGAUUGGGGUGGUUGUGAACCAAACGACAAUAAUUUCUUUAACCUUGCAUAUUGUCAAGCGUCGUGCGAAAACCCAAUGUAUUCUAAUUCUGUGUGUGAAUUAGCACAAAGUAGUGUUGAUGAUUGCAAGACAGAUUGGAAUCUAGAUAGAUGGUACUUUAACAGGACGUCAUGUGAAUGUGAGCCCUUUAAGUGGAAUGGGUGCGGAAGCGCUAACAAUUUCCUCACAAAAGAGUGGUGUGAAAUUAACUGUGGUUGCUACGAUUGCAAUAAGGAAACAAACAUUUGCAACUUACCCUUCAAUCCCAUUGGGACUGUUGUAUGCUCAACCCAUACACCUAGCUAUGGAUAUGAUACUGAAACGUGCCGAUGCGAAAAGUUUAUAUACGGGGGCUGCGCGGGAAAUGCAAACCGAUUCAGUACACUUGCAAACUGUGAGAAACAUUGCAGUAAUAAUGAAUGCAAUGCACAUGUAUUUUGCGAUCAACCAGCCAACCCUGGAACGUUUGAUGACAAUAUACCAAGAUAUUUUUAUAACACUGAAACCUGCAACUGUGAAAAGUUUAUUUGGGGAGGCAGCGGUGGAAAUAGUAACAAUUUUAAGACUCGCGAAGAUUGUUUUCAAACAUGUGAUGGAUUUAACAAAUGUGAUGCACCAGUUGUUGAAGUAAAUUGUCUUUUGCCAAAGGAAACAGGUCCAUGUCAAGCUGUUAUGUCAAGAUUUUAUUUUGAUCAUUUAGAUUGCAAAUGCAAACAGUUUAAUUAUAGCGGAUGUGGUGGGAAUAGCAACAACUUUAUGAACAUUCAGCAGUGUGAAACUUCAUGUUCAAAUACAACUUGUCCUUUUUGCAAUAAACCAGGAAACCACGGACUUUGUAAUGGUAAUUUUAAACCUUACUUUUUCAACAUUCAAACAUGUAGAUGUGAACAGUUUGUUUAUGGCGGUUGUGGUGGUAACGAAAACAGAUACGAGACCAAAGAAGAAUGUGAAAAUAUUUGUGGUGAAAUUCAAUGCCCUGUCUGCAACCUUCCUCCAGAGAAAGGAAACUGCAUGACUGAAUUAGACCUUUGGUAUUUUGAUGCUGUUGAUUGCAAUUAUAAAAUAUUUAAAUACAGUGGGUGUGGCGGUAAUAUGAAUCGAUUUCUUACAGAAGACGAUUGCAAAAGUUCUUGUGGAAAUGUUUCUUGCCCAGUAUGCUCAGUACCAAAACAGACCGAAUCAUGUGACGAUCAUGGAACUAAGGAACGCCGGUUUUUCUACAAUCCUUUGAAGAAUAAAUGUCAACCAUUCCUGUGGGGUGGUUGUCAAUCCAAUGGAAACAAUUUUAUCAAAAUGAAAGCAUGUAAAAGUGUUUGCAAAAAUUUUGUUUGCUCUCUCCCAGUUAAAAUCGGUCCUUGCGAAGCAGCCAUUGAGCGAUAUUAUUUUAACGCCUCGACAGGGGAAUGCCAUGCGUUCUUAUGGGGUGGUUGUGAUCCAAACGGAAAUAACUUCAAAUCCCUUAGACAAUGUCGGAGAGCUUGUAGAAAGCGAUGAAAGAAUAGUAAAUAAAGAUACAUGGACAUACGUUUGAUAACUUAAAUAUAGUAAAAGGAACCUUGAAUGUCUGUGUAAAUGUAAUAUAUAUACAUUAAACAACUGAAGAUGUUGUUAUUCUUUAUUUAGUCAGUAACGUACUAUUAAUGCCUUGAGAGAAUCUGAGCUCUCGUGUUAAACUUCAUGAAUAUUUGUCAUCUUUUGACAUCAAUUUCUUUAGGGUAUUUUUUAAAAA